AUGGUCGCCCGGCUGGGAUACGUCCGCCCUUGGGUGUGGGUGCUAUUCGCCGGCGAGCAGCAGUGGCACCUGCGUCGGAUCUGGGGGCAAGCAGAGGAUCCGCCAACUGGACCUCAGACUCGUCUGCUGCUGAGCCGCAGCGCGCCUGAUCAUGAUGCCUGCAAAGAAGACUGCAGCAGGGACAGCGCUGAUGUUCUGGGCUAUCGCUUCGUGGAUACUCAUCGUGACCGCGGAAUUCAGGAUGCGGGGCUGCUACACGGGCUCGGGCGACGCUUGACGGUGAAUGAGAAGACCGCAAUCAUAGAUGGGGUGACUCAGGUGGCCGACGAGACUUACCGGGGUUGGGAGACCGCUGGGGGCCGCGCUGCUGAGUUUCCUGUUGAGGGCACGCUGCGGGCUUCCGACGUUGAGCUGCGCGGCGUGGGACCUGGGCCGCAACUGGUCGGUGCCGACGGUGGCGUUGCUGGAGGCAGCGCUGGGGGUACGGCGACGACUGCCGCGGGAGAUCGCGGAACGGUUGCGGCCCUGAAUGUGCCGGAGCGACUCGGUGGCGACGUCGGGAUCAUGAGGACCGACAAGGACUGGAUCGGAAACCGACGGGUGUCGGCCAGCCUGGCACUCUACGCUGGCGCUGAGACUGGACUUGACGCCAGGCUCCUUGGCAUCACACUGCAGUCAGAUGGCCAUCGCACUCGUAUCCAUUUUCGGGACGCUGUCGCCAAGUUCGAGCAUACGCCGCUUCCAGGAUGGCCGUUGGAGGGCCCUCGUUUGGCGGUGGGGUGCUCCAUUUUUGUCGACCGACGUUGCAGAGGCCCGCUGGAGCAUUUCACGCAGUUCGGGAAUCAGCCUCAUUUGACGAGCGAUGACUACGGCGCGGCCCACUACGAGAGCAUCAUGAGGAUGAUCGCGUCCUUAGCCCGCUGGGAUCAGGUGAGUCUCCCAGACCUUGUGGGCGUCGGGGAGGCCAUGCGACAGGCACAGCUCUACAGGUACGUGUACGCGAUGGAGGCGGAGGGUUCACUACACGCGGCCCUCCAGGGACGCCGUCGUGGCCACGGCUCCGCCGAGUUCGACUUGUUGGACGAGGCCUCCGCCUUCGCACUGGCAUCGAAGGAGGAUGGCAGGAUGAUGGUGUGUCCUGACCUUCUACACCACGUGUGCGCCAUAGCAGAGAGGGGCGCGGACAUCCUCAAGUCGCUGCGCAAUGCGCGUGAGGUGCACCGGGAGCUGGAAGAUGCUGUUCGCCGCUUCGGAGAGCCGCCGAUGGACCUCGACGGCCCAGGAGCCCUUGCGGAGCUUCGCGUGUCUCAGGCGCACCACGGGGAGGCCGUGGCCAUCGCCCCGGUUGGCUUCGACAACGUCGAGAUCUUGAGGCAAGACCGCUGUACUGGAGACACGCUCCGGAGGGUCAUAUCGCACUGCACAUCUCGGGGCCUCAUCAGGCGGGAACUCUUGAGCGCUCUGGGUGCCGUGUACUCGUUCAUCCGCGUGGCUGGUCAUAGGCCUCUCUCAAAGGUGGUCUCUUGCGUGGACGCCUCGUGGUGGGGGGUUGGAAUCACUGAGAAGGAUUUCACGCGCGAUCAGGUCGUCGAGUUGUCGUCCUUCAACGAGCGAUGGAGGUUUGGGCGAGACAACGAGAAGUCGAUGCCUCCCCGAGCUUUCGACAUCGGCAUGUGGAAGGAUGAGACCGAGGAGACCGAGACGAGCACGGGGUUCACCGAGCCCUACCAUGUCCUGAAGGCCUCGCAGGGCCUGAUGUUCGAGGGGCCCAUCAAGGUCUUCCUGAAGCCCCCAGAGGCCAAGUUCAGGAGCGUCUCGAAGGAGGGCUGCAGCCGGGAUAUCGUUCCGAUGCCCGGAGAGAGGCACUCGGUUCUGGAGCAGGAGUCGGUGUCCGCCGCCACCCGCCGGGACUACGAGAGGCGAGCCCACCGCUUCUACCUCUGGGCCGGGCGCUCGCGCCUGGGGGCGGUGGCCGAGGAGCAACUGAACGAGACCCUGGUGAUGUACAUCCGCGAGCAGUUCCUGAUGGGGGGCGAGAGCGCGGACGCGAGGAAGCUCUUCGCGUCGCUGGCCUUCGCGGGGUGCCACCUGGGCUUGGAGUACAGCAGCCGGCCGUGUGCGACCCGAGCUGCUCGGGGAUGGCGCACGCGGGCUCCGCCUCGGUCGAGGCUUCGGCUGCCGUGGGCCACCUGCUGCCUUGUCAUCCGCCAGUUAGUUCAGGGCAGGGAGCGAGUGCUGGCAAAACUCACGGCCGUGGCCUUCGCCCUGCACUUGGGGCCGUCGGAGGCGCUCUCCCUGACCACCCACAGCCUGGUGCCGCCGUCAGUGCUGCUCAAAGGCCCGCGCAGGACCUGGAGCAUGACGCUUCAUCUGAGGGUAAGCGGGGUAGCAGGCCAGACGGGGGUGUACGACGACUCGCUGGUGUUAGACAGCCCCGCCUUCCCCUGGCACGAAGAGGCGGGCCACAAGCUGCUGGUGCGGGCCCUCACCCAAGACGAGAUAACAAAGCGAGGUCGGUGGGCUUCAGAUCAGGUCGUGAGGCGGUACACCGAGGCAAGACGGAUUCAAGAACGGCUAAACAUGCUCCCUCACCACAUUCGGGGCAUCGCCAGGCACAGCCUCGAUGCAAUUGGCGCCGUCCUCUGCGCGACCUAG